AUGGAAGCCACCAAGAAGGUGGGGGGCCCUGAUCCAUCGGGCCCCCAAGGCCACCCCUCACCCAGCAGUCAGCAGCCAGGGGGUGGCCUCAGAGAGUCCCAGGGACAAUGGGUAAACUCAGGAUCCCUAUACUUGCAGCAGGGGUUGUCAAUGCCCGUCGAACCCAUCUCUGAUGAAGCCUGUGGCCCAGCCUCCCAGGCCAACAUCCCUGAGCCCAUUCACCAACUACCCCAAGACCCUGCUCAGGUUAUCUCCCCAUGUAACUAUGAGCAGGACUCCCAGGAUGCCCUGAGACUCUCGUCUACUAACCCAUUCCCAAGCCCCACAGUGGAAGCCCAACAGCAUCUCAUCAUGGAUGAUGGGACCCUCACCUUACCAGUGUACACAGGCAACAACGGCACCAAUGACACAAUCCAAUAUGGACCCAGCCUCUCUCGGCUUCAGCUGCACAUUGGGAAGGAUGGUAAGGCUCCGGCUAAAGUCCUUAUAGGUUGGGGCAAAGGUUCUUACAACCUUGAUCAGGUGACCCCCUUGGGCCCCAGGAAGAGUCGGUGGCUGCCUUACUCUCUCUCAGGAGAGAAUGGUAUGUGUGAAGGCCAACGUCUUAGUCUGGAUCCAUCUCAGGCUCCAGAUCAGGCUCUAACCCAAGAUGGAGGUCAGAACAAAUACCCAUGUCCAGCUCAAACUCCUGCUGUAACAACAGCUCCUUCGUCCCCAUCACUUGCUCGUUCAACUCCAGCUCAGGCUACUACUCCGGCUCCACCAAAGACUCCAAAACCUGCUGUAGUUGAACCUUACACCUAUACCCUGGACCCCCUGACUGAAAAUACUGCGAUCAACAAAGGCCCAUCUAGAGACCUCUGUGGAAAGUGUAGCCACCGAUGGUGCACCAACUUGGAGCCUUUUAAAAUGGUCACAUCUUGCCAGAACAAAGUGAACUUCCAUUCUAGCGAAGGGCCUCCCAUCCCAGCAUCGAUCCCCAAAUUCUCACAGUGUACCCAGGAAUACAAUGGUGCCAAAAAGCAAGUACCAGCUGAGCAAUUGGAGGACCUAGCAGAGAAGUCCAUGGACUAUGCUUUCAGUCCAGGCAUCCCCAAAUCAGAUCGAGAGUCAAGGACUGUCAAGGCCCAGAAGAGUUGCAAGAACAUCUCCAACUCUCAGCCAGACAAGCAGUUUCCUGUAAGUGGCAAUAAUUAUGGCUCUGGUGUAUCACUGUCUUAUCACACAACCUGCCAGAAGCAAUUCCCACCCCAGACACCUGGGGCAGCCAUGCAGCUCCCCACCUCCAGUGCCCCCACCUGCCAGCUCCAGAAUUCUGUAGAAGACCAUGUAUUGGUGUUUGAUAUGGCCACUGGCAAUUCCAGGAUGGGACUGAUGUGCCAUGACCCUAUGGGAUCACGGGCAGUACUGGUGGGCCUCAUGCCCAACCACCCACCCAACUACGUCCCUGAAAACGGACCCACUACCUUGCCAACGGCCAGUCCAGCUCUUUCCUCUGACAGCAACAACUCCAGACUCUGGUCCACCACGGCCAUACUGUCCAGUCCUGUGCCAUCCAGUCUCUCCUCUAGUAGCUAUCCAGAGGUGGCCUUGCUCCCCAAAGAGGCAAGUCACAACCUAGGAUCGCAGAACUACCUCCCUACUGAGACACCUAUCAGGGUGAACAUGCUCCCCCGGCCUGUUCCACUGGGGAGGCCCAGCCAAUAUGGUGAAAGCAUAGUGACCCACAUUCCUGAUCUUAGCUGGUCCAAACCAGACACGGGAAAGAAUGAACCUACUCCCACCAUCUGGAUGGUAGAGUCCUCCAGGAUGCCAGAUCCCUCCAUGGCCCAGAACAAGAAAUGUCAGUGGAUGAAGUCAGAUCCAUCAACCAAUAACCAGGUAGUGUCUGGAUCUCUGCUCCAGGAGGAUGUAAAUGGUCACAACCAGAAAGAGGUCAUUACAGCUCACCCUGAGAACCUUCAGGCUAAAGAUGCUUGGCAGAUCCCCUUCACUGGGCAAACAUUCUUCAAUGGGCAGAACUUCCUUGCUAGACAGCUACCUACAGCUGAGAAAGGCUCUCUGAUUGGCCAGCCUCCUUCUACCAAGGCAUCCUCUUUUACCAGUCUGCCUCUUCUUACUGGACAGACCCCUCUGGCCAGACAGUUUCCGGUCACUGGGCAGGUACCUCUCACAGGAAAGCCACCCAUGUCUAAAGUACCCACUCUCCCAAGAGAGCACUUCACCUCUGGAGAACCUAGCCAAAGCUCCAUCAAGGAAGAUAAGCCUGCUUUGGGUCAGCCUACCCCAGUGGGGGUACUCCACACGCCCCUAGCCCCUGAGGAGACCCAUCUCUAUGUGAAUAGAGGUAAAGUUGGCAUCAAUGGGGCGCAAAGCUUCAGCAUGCAUCAGCUUCCAUCCUGGCAACAAGGAAACUCCCCCAGGGCCUCUGAGGAUCAGCCUUCGCUGGUCACAUUUGCCACACCGGGCACUGGCUGCAAGGUGGUGCCUGUGGCCCCCGUGGGCACUGAGCCUCAGAGUGGGAAUCAGUUCAAGCUGACAGCUGAAGACAUUACAUGCUCGUCAGUGGUAGCACAUCUUGGCCUUCUCCGUGGGUCUUGCUAUGAGCUGGUAUCCGCUAUGGAUGUUCUGCCGGUACGGUCACCGGUGCUCUACCGCCACACUUCAGGCUCUUACCAGAAUAUGGCAGCUAUCGUGAUCGAUACAGGCACAGGAUUCACCAAAUGUGGCCUGGCUGGAGAAGACCACGUCCUCAGUGUGGUACCCUCCCAAGUCCACAUGCUACAGCAACCGGGCCAGGGCCAGCCCCAGUAUACAGUGCCUGAAAACCAAGAGAGCUCCUAUCCAGUGCUCAACCGAGGCGUGGUUUCGGACUGGGACGCGUUAGAAGUGCUGUGGCAGCAUUUGUUCUACUGCAGGCUGGGGGUGCAGCCUGAGCAGCUGGCUGUGCUUGUAGCUGACUCCCCUAUCUCCCCGCGUACCAAUCGAGAAAAGGUGGCUGAAAUACUCUUUGAGCGUUUCCACGUGCCAGCUAUGCAGACAGUGCACCAGGCUCUGCUGACACUCUAUGCUUACGGGCGAACCACUGGGCUAGUGUUGGGCAGUGGUCAUGGGACUUCCUAUGUAGCUCCCAUCCUUACCGGGGAUUUAGCCCCACUUGACACCUAUCGGCUAGAUGUGGCUGGGACUGACCUCACGGACUAUUUGGCUCAGUUGCUGCAGGCAAGUGGUCACUCUCCACCUAAGGCAGGACUGGUCAAUCAGAUUAAAGAGGCCUGCUGCUACGUGGCCCUGGAUAUGGAGGCCGAGAUGGCUCGUACCCAGUCCCAGGCCCGGGUGGAUUUUGUGCUCCCAGAUAAGCAGAUCAUCACACUGGGCACUGAGCGUUUCUGUUGCCCUGAGGCUCUCUUCCAGCCCAAUUUGUUAGGCCUAAACCAGCCAGGCCUCCCACAGCUGGCUCUGUUAAGCAUUAGCCAGUUAGAGGCUAAGCAGAAGCAGCAGCUGCUGGCUAACGUGGUGCUGGAAGGUGGCAGCACCCUGGUGAAUGGUUUUCCUGAGCGUCUGAGGCAGGAACUGGGGCCUGAUGCUACUGUACUGGGCUCUUCCCAUCGCGCGGUUGCUGCGUGGCUGGGAGGCUCUAUCAUGGCAUGCCGGAAUUCCUUCCAGAGUUUAUGGCUCAGCCGUCGUGAGUACGAAGAAGAGGGCCCGUGGGCUAUCUACAAGUACCAGCUAUGA